AUGGCCCAAGACAAUUCACAUCCACCUCAACAACCCGCUGCGUCGGCAACCCCUCCCCCGCCAGCACCAGCGUCCGAAGCCCCCGGCCCACGCGCCUCGCGCCUGAUCCAAGUUUUCGACCAGGCGCUCGCUCGUACACUACGUGCGAACUCCUACGCCAACUUUUCGAGCUGCUUCCCAACGCCUGCGCGACAUGUCCCUGCGAGCCUGGAGAACGUGUGGAGACAACUGAACGCGAAACUGGAGGAGAGCGCGAAGUCUGAGUUUGAAGAGAUCAUUGCGGAGAGACAGGCUGUGCAACAUCUGAAUGAAUUGGACCGGUUGGUUGCUGAGGCGCGGGCGCGAAGAGAGGCGGAAGGCGAUGGGCAAAGACCUGGAAAUGCCCCUCACACGCUCGGCGCAGAAGAUCUUUACAAGGCACAUUUGACACCUUAUCUCCAAGAAGCGCAGUCGGCACUGAACGACAGGCUCCAAGCCACUGCCGCCCAGAACGGGGAGCUUGCGCAAACGGUGCAGGCCCAGAGAUUGGAAAUCGAGAAGCUACUGUCUCAUCUCGAGUCUGUUGUGACAGACAUUGAGGGCGCUGCUACGGCGGCCACUCAAUUCAGUAAAGAAAACCACAUUCGCGAGGAUGCAAUCCAAAUGGACGAGGAAGUCAAUGCUCGGUCAGGUAUCUAA